CGACCGCCACACGGGGCUGGUCCUCAGACUGCUGGACGACGAUUGUGGUGGAGUGAGGGUUGAGAUAGAAGUGAGGGCAACAAAGCGGGUGGAAAUAGUUUGAGGAAACAGUCGGGUAGAGAGAUUUAAAAAGUCUGUGGGUAAAGAUACAACGGGUCGAUGUGUUAAACAGACAAGUGUCGUCUCACAGAAUUCCUGCAUUUUCCCUUCGGAAGUGGCGGGCCGGGUGUAACCGGAAGUCCCUUCCUGUUUUUCCCCGAGAUUCUCCGAAACUCCAGAUCGACAAAACGCCUUCACGAUGUGGAUGGUCUCGUCCCUGCUAUGUGUUGCCGCCUGGGUCGCCCGUGUGGCUGGGACUGGGGAUUCCCCGACCACUGUGAAUGGAACACGGGGACAGUCGGUCUCCUUACAUCCUGGGAUCCCAGUCGGACUGGACGUUGUUGAGCUUGUGUGGAGACGGUUGUCACCCAGGAUGAAGAUAGUGACAUAUUCAAACAAGAUCAGUGACUAUUACGGAUCUGAGGAGUACAAGCGACGGAUAACUCUUCAUCCCGGGAACUUCAGUCUGGAAAUCCGUGAUCUGCAGAGAGAGGACACUGGUGAUUAUGAGGUGACUGUCACAGCAAGUUCAGGAGCACAGACUCAGAACAAAAUGCGACUGGAUGUGUACGCUGGGACUGGGGAUUCCCUGAACACUGUGAACGGAACACAGGGACAGUCGAUGUCCUUACAUCCUGGGAUCCCAGUCGGACCGGACGUUGUUGAGCUUGUGUGGAGACGGUUGUCACCCAGGGUGAAGAUAGUGACAUAUUCAAACAAGAUCAGUGACUAUUACGGAUCUGAGGAGUACAAGCGACGGAUAACUCUUCAUCCCAGGAACUUCAGUCUGGAAAUCCGUGAUCUGCAGAGAGAGGACACUGGUGAUUAUGAGGUGACUGUUACAGCAAGUUCAGGAGCACAGACUCAGAACAAAAUGCAACUGGAUGUGUACGAAUGGAUGGGAACCGUGAAAGGAGCACGGGGACAGUUGGUCUACCUACCUGCUGGGAUUACAGCCGGGCUGGACAUUUCUCAGGUGGUGUGGAGAUCAAAAGGAACCACAAUAGUAGAAUAUGCAAAUGGACACAUUUCCUUCUUCGGUCCUGAGGAGUACAAGCGACGGAUAACUUUUCAUCCCGGGAACUUCAGUCUGGAAAUCCGUGAUCUACGGAGAGAAGACACUGGUGAUUAUGAGGUGACUGUUACAUCAAGUUCAGGAGCACAGACUCAGAACAGAAUACGACUGGAGGUGUGCGAAUGGAUGGGAACCGUGAAAGGAGCUCAGGGAUGGUUGGUCUAUCUACCUGCUGAGAUCACACUUUUGCUGAACAUUUCCCAGGUGGUGUGGAGAUCAAAAGGAACCACAAUAGUAGAAUAUGCAAAUGGAAACAUUUCCUUCUUUGGUCCUGAGGAGUAUAAGCGACGGAUGACUUUUCAUCCCGGAAACUUCAGUCUGGAAAUCCGUGAUCUACGGAGAGAGGAUGCUGACUGGAUGGGGAUUGUGAAAGGAGCUUUGGGACAGACAGUCUCCUUACGUGCUGGGAUUACACCUUGGCGGGAUGUUUAUCAGGUGGUGUGGAGAUCAAACGGAACCAGAAUAGCAGAAUACACAAAUGGCACCAUUUCCUACUUCGGUACUGAGGAGUACAAGCAACGGAUAACUCUUCAUCCCGGGGACUUCAGUCUGGAAAUCCGUGAUCUACAGAGAGAGGAUGCCGGUGAUUAUGAGGUGGAAAUUGCUGUGGGUUCUGGAGCUGAACUUAAGGCGAGAGUGCGACUGGAAGUGAACGAUCCUGGUGUCAGAUCGUCACCCACUGCUUGGAUCAUUCCCGUCGUUGUGAUACUCAUUCUGUUACUUGUGUGUUGCUGUAUAUAUAGAAAGAGGGCGUAUCUUCGCUCACACUGGGACAAAUGUAUGGGAAAGAAAUCCGGAACAUCUGAUGAUCCAACAGUGGGAGUGUCUUUGAACAGUCGACCUGGUGGAGAACACAGCUCAUAGACACCCUCUCCAUCGGAACAGUGUGUGCUAGAUCCUGGAGAACAGUGCCCACCCAUGGCACAGACGGAGAGCGUCGGAGCAUCCCACUGGAAUCACUGUCCCUGUUCCACAAUCCCGGUGAGGGGGGAGUCUCUUUAAACACCUGAGGGUUCUGCAGUGACCUGGAUCUGGUCAGUCUUCCAGACUGAGCUUUAUUACUGAACCCGUGCUGUGCUCUGUGUUACUGUGUUACUCCACUGAUCUUCCUGCAGCCUUUCCUGGGAUAUCCUCCCAGUUCUCGUGCCCCAUUUAACCGUUAACAUCCUGGAGGAUAGUUCCUGAAAUUGAAAUCAACCAAAGAGCCCCUGGGAAAUCCAGUGAGACCCCCACCCAGCAGUUCAGACUUGGUGAAGAAUCCUGGGGCCCCUCGCCCCACACCCCAGGGCUGGGGAAGGGUCUCGUAUUGCAAGUAGUUUAUUGAUGAUAUUUUGUUAUCACAGCCAAAGUGAACCAGUUCAGGUUUCACCAGAGAAACCACAGUCUGAGAGCCUGUUGAUGGGUGUUUCAGGCAGUGGGCACAUUACUCAGCUGUGCAGUGUCACACAUCGCGUGUCUCAGGCAGCGUCUGUGGAGUGAGACAAAGAGUUAAUGUUUCAAGUUCCACAUCCUUCGACUGAAUCACUCUCCACACACGCUGUCUCACCUGCCCAGGGCUUCCAUCGUUUCCAACUGUUGAUUCAGAUUUUCAGUCUCUGCUCGAAAUAUGUCAAUGUACAAUAACAUUAAAGAAAUAGUUCUAGAGGAGAGGAGUUGACGACAUUAUUGAAUGUGUUCAAUUUACGAUAAUGGUCUAGCCUUGUUUUGUUCCGUUUGCUUUUUUGGGUUUAGUAUUUAGUUCUUUUUUUUGUUUCUUUUUGGGGUUUUCCUUUGUAUUUUUUUCUUUCUAUUUCUUUUUUCUCUAUGAUUAAUUACAUCAGGAGUUUGGAAGUCUAUUAUACCUGUGUCAUCUGAAAUCUUUUCUGUAUAUGUUUAUUAACAAUAAGAUUAUUUCAAUCUC